AUGGUUGCUCGGCUCCUCAAAUAUAUUGAAAAUUUGAACGAUGAUGAAUCUGGAAUGCCUGUGGGUUCGAUCGCUGGUGAUAACGGCAAUAAUAUUCCAUUGGACAGUGAUAUAUCUAAAAAAUCAUUUCAUCAAGAUGACUCGUCAAUAAGUAAUGAGAACAAGGAAAAUAUGUAUACAGUUAAAGAGACAGAUGGAUGUUUGGAUUUAGGCUUCCAUGGCGUACCCCACACGACUACCAAUUUAUACCAUUCAAUUAAAACGGAAAAACCUAUGUUUACAAGUGAUGGUCCUUUACGACGAAGUAAAAGAUUGCAAGUACCAGCAAUGCAUGAUAGAAACAAAGUCAUUGUAUAUUCUCCUGAUGAAGAUGAAUAUGGUAUAGUAUAUCAAAAGCCUGUUGGAAUUGCUAUUUUACCUAGUCCAAGAGAAGUUAGCAAACGUCAAAAAUUUCUCAGUCGUUUAAAUCGUUAUCGCAAUAAUAAUAAUAAUAAUAAUAAUAAUAAUAAUAAUAAUAAUAAGCAGAUGUUAAGAAAUGAGAAAAAUCGUCGUACCAAACGUCUUCGAAAACUAGCAAAGCAAUACAAACUAACGGAAAGUUCGCCGAAAGAGAAAGUAGAUAGAUGUUUUGAAAUUCAACUUGAUCCAGACGUUCAAUGGAUGCCAUCUACUGAAACGCAUUUAUCUACUAGUCUUAGUGAAAUAUCUUCAUCUCAACAAGUAAUAUUUCCAGAGAAAGCACAAUUCCCACAGAUUUCUUCUUCCACCUCUAUUGAAUGUUCAGUGUAUAUUGUUCCCGCACUGUCUGGUAUCUUUCCUAGUCAAGGUCAAUCUCAUAUUCCUUUUUUUGAAAUGGAUACAAAUCUUACACGAAUAUUUAGUAGUGAACAAGAAAGAUGCCAACUCCAUUGUGAUCCAGACGGUAUAAAUAUAUUCAAACUUAUGUUUCCUCGUCCACUCCCUGUUUCUCCAACAAUUCUUUAUGCUGUACAAAUUACGAGAUUCGCAUUUCCUUUCACAAAGGCAUGUAUGAUAUUUAUUCCAAAGGGUAUACCGUAUAAAUUUUUAAAUGCAACUAAAGAAGACUUACAUCUUUGUCGUUUUAGAUUUGUUUAA